UUUUGGGAAGUCAUAAUGACUUGGAUGAAUAAGAUUAUAGUGUUUUUUAUUAUUAUAAACAUCAUUGAGUGCAACCUCAUCAAGAUUUUCGAUUCUUCAACAUUAGAUGAUUCCUCAAUUACCCACAUUCAUACGAAACAACUUAUCGAACUGUGUUUUGCUGAUCGGAUGAAUCCUGUCGCCGUAAUGCCAGAAUUCAGGGACAUCACUACGGAAAUCAGUAAAAAUCAGGACAUAGACUCGUCGGUCAUCACGAUCAAUAAUGACUUGAAAUCUGAUCUGCCGAAAUACUAUCCGAAAUUACGAUCGAACACAUAUUUUCGGGCAUAUCCGACGUACAUUCUAUCAGAUGACUCGAUCGACACAAUAAAAGCUAUUCAGUCGUAUCCCAUAAAAGAGUUCAUUAUGUGGAACGUCCUCUCGCUGCAUUUGAUAAUUGGGAAAAAGUGCGGAAACGCGUCUCAAGCGUUGCAAGCGGCCUGGAAAGUAAAUGCGAUCACGUCUUUCUUCAUAUGUCAUAAUAAUUCCAGCGGACACUCGACCAUCUACACUUAUAACCCAUACACGAACCAGGCACCGAAACGUUGGAUUCCAGUCCAGAUCACCGACAAGCCAAACGAUAGAUGGACGCUGUAUAAACAGCCCUUCGUUAACGACGCAAAAAUUUGCAAAAGCUUGAAAUUCGACAAAUCCGAGUUCUUAGACGGCUAUCCAAUAAAAGGGCAUGUAAUGACUAGAAGCAAAAGAAGAGACAAGACCAACAAUACUUUAGCUUUUGACGGUCUAAUAGAAAAUACGUGUCUAUUCUAUGAACAUUUAUUUUCGGCCUUAAAUGUAACGCCGGUUCUUGAUAUGUAUGAUAAUAUUCUGGGGCUUUCGAAACCAAUUGGUAAUGAUUCAUACGAUAUGGUAAUACAUAAUCCUCAGAUAUUGUAUCAAUAUGACAAAUAUAUGUUUGGAGAUCCAAUGGCCUUCUACCAAGAAGGUGGUUUCAUUAUAGUCACACAAAAACAAAGUACAAUAUCGGUACUAGAGCAAGUGGCCAACAUUUUCUUCACCAAACACAAUAUAAUAAAGACGACUGUUAUUCUGACCGUGAUAUUUUUUGUGAUAUUUCUGAAUCACCGUUUCGACUUUUUCUUAGCUGCUUUGGAUCUCUUGGCACUGAUUCUUAACAUGGGAAUAUCGGCUCCCAUCAAUAGGAUGUCAAUGCGCAUCACUUUCGUGACCGCGGCUAUAUUUGUAUUUUUUUUCAAUCCGGAGUUGCAGGGACAACUUACUUCAGCAUUGUCUAGACCUGCGCGUAAAAAUGUUGACACAUUAGAAGACCUACGUGACGGCAAAUAUAUUAUUUAUGUUAACGUGAUGAAUGUUUAUGUAAAAUUAAAAGACAGUCAAUUAUGGCCAGAUGGUGAUUUUAAAAAAUAUGUCCAAGUUGACCGUAAUAAUCAUAUCUGCCUGGAACGGGUUGUGAAAAAUUCUUCACUUGCUUGUAUUAUCGAUCAGAGUUUGUACAAAGACAUUGAUAGCAACCUAUAUCUAUCCAAAGAGUUUUCAAAAUCCUAUAACGUUUUUGCGCUUCGGAAGACGUCGCCGCUAAAAUAUAAGAUCGAUCAUGCAGCCCUAAAAAUGGCCGAGGCCGGUUUCACGAGUUACCUGGAAAGACGCAAUCACUACAGAAAGUUCUUGAUGAAAAAGAAAAAACUUGAUCGAAUCAAGAGACGUGAAGAAAAUGACCAAUUAGAUCUAGAGGAUUUUAAUUUUUUUUUAUUGUGUACUGCACUUUGUGUUCUUUUGCUGGUUUCGAUUCUUGUGAUUGAACUGAUUAUCAAAAAAAUUCAUGACUAUCAUAAAAGACGUUUGCGCGAAUUAGAGUUGAGGAAAUUGAUGGUCAGUAAAAAAAUUGCGGAGAUCGUUUGGCGGAUUGCGAUUGUCACGGAACAAAUUUAAAUCGUUUUACUGUCGCGUGCGCUGUGUGACUUUGACAUUUGAAAUAACAUUAAAAAAGUAUACUUUAUAAAUAUAGAACUAUUCUAACAACUAUGCACAGAUAAAAAGGAUUUCUUGACGCAGAAAUUUUUUACACACCCCAAGAAAUUUUUUGCAUUAUGGAUUGAAACGAAAAAUUUUUUUGGGACAAGAAAUUUCUUUUUUUUUUUUUGGACAGGAUCUAAUUUAUCAUUCGUUGUAAAAUAAAAAUUUAUUAGAUGUUGAAUAUUUGAAUGAACAAAAUUAAUUUUUAAAAAAUUCAUAUUUUAAGAGACAUACGUAUUUAUAUAUGUAUAUCAGUAUAUGUAUAUCAAUAUACAUAAACAGUAACAUCACAGUGGCUUAAUGUGUAUACAAUAAAUAGUAAGUAUUUUAAUUGACAAUACAUUCGAUCAAAAUUAUUGUAAAAGAUAUACUCUUGUUUUUUACAACUCAAAAUAAAUGAAAACGAAAAAAAAUUUGGCUGUCAAAAGUUCAAAAUAAUGACGAGAACAUUAAAAAUUUUAAAUAAAAAAAAAUUUGUUACUGACAGCUCAAAAUUAAUAAACUUUUUUCCUCAUUAUUAUCCAAUAAUUUUUGUGUUUUACUAUAAUUUAUUUAACAGUUUUGUAAAGACGGCAAUAGUUGGACAGUGUCCAUUUUUCAGGAAAAAAAAAUUUUAUAUAUAUAU